AUGCCCUGGCCGUGUCCCUCAUCUACCGAUCCUACCGGCAGAAGGAGAGUAAGAGGAAGCACUCGUUCCUGCUGUGUAUCGGCAGCCUGGCGCUCACCGACUUCACCGGGCAGCUGCUCACCAGCCCCAUCGUCAUCUCCGUCUACCUUGGCCGGCCGCCAGUGGAAUCGCGUGGACCCGUCGGGUCACCUGUGCAACUUCUUCGGGCUGAGCAUGGCCAUGUUCGGGCUGUGCCCGCUCUUCAUCGCCAGCGCCAUGGCCAUCGAGAGGACCCUGGCCAUCCGCUCCCCGCACUGGUACUCCAGCCACAUGCGGAGCCGGGCCACCGUCACAGUGCUGCUGGCCAUCUGGGGCGCCGGACUCGGCUUCGCCCUACUGCCGCUGCUCGGGCUGGGGCACUACUCGGUGCAGUGGCCGGGCACCUGGUGCUUCAUCAGCACGGACCAGCGGAGCCCCGGAAACGUCGUCUUCGCCGCCACCUUCGCCUCCUUGGGGCUUCUGUCGCUGGGGACUACCUUCACCUGCAAUCUGGCGACCAUUAAAGCCUUGGUCAGCCGCUGCAAGAGCCGGAGCUCGGCGUCCAAGGCCAGCAAGCAGUGGGAGCGGAUCACGAUGGAGACCAUGUUCCAGCUGAUGGGGAUCAUGUGUGUGCUCUUCGCCUGCUGGUCGCCGCUCCUGGUAGGUGGAUCAUGGGGGUUCCGCGCCUUUCCUAAUUUGUUACUUUUCCCCUACAACAUAAUGGCAACAUUUAUAGGGCUGAGCAGUCCAUGUUGA